AUGGGGUCCCUGUGUCCUUGCCUAAACUCAAAAAAGCCUAUGAAAAAGGUACAAGGCUAAACUUGCAUGCAGGAGCGGACUGACAACUCAUGGGGCCCCCAGGCAAUAGGGGAUCAUGGGGCCCCUGUGUCCUUGCCCAAACUCAAAAAAGCCUAUGAAAAAGGUACCAGGGGCAUCUCAUGGGGCUCCCUACUGACCCCGGGCCCUCGGGCAGUGCCCGAGUUUCCAAAUUGUCAGUCCGCCCCUGCUUGCAUGCUUCUUAACUAUCUUCAGUAAGUCUCCAACCUACUGAGCACCCCAGUCCAGAACAGGGGAGUGAUUCUCAGUAUC